GGGCUUUAUCUGCUGGUGUGUAUUGUGUGUGUGUGUGUGUUUAAGGCUGGAAUAGAGUUUCAGCUGUAUGACACUAUUCUCUCCUCUCCCAGUGAAGGGUCCGGUCCGAGCGGUCCGAUGGGGAAUUAUAAAUCACGACCCACACAGACGUGCACAGACGAAUGGAAGAAGAAAGUGAGCGAGUCGUACUCUGUGAUCAUCGAAAGGCUGGAGGAUGAUCUGAGGGUUAAAGAUGAAGAGCUGGCUGAGCUGCAGCAUGUGUUCAGCUCGGAUGAAGCUUUUAAUAAGGUGAACCUGAACUAUCGCACAGAGAACGGUCUGUCGCUGCUGCACCUGUGCUGCAUAUGUGGAGGAAAUAAAUCCCACAUCAGGACGCUGAUGCUGAAAGGGCUGCGUCCCUCCAGACUCACCAGGAAUGGCUUCACUGCACUGCACCUCGCUACCUAUAAGGACAGUGCUGAGCUGGUUACAGCACUGCUGCAUGGUGGAGCUGAUAUCCAGCAGGUUGGGUAUGGAGCUCUUACAGCCCUGCAUGUGGCCACCAUAGCAGGUCAUCUGGAGGCUGUUGACAUUCUCCUGCAACAUGGGGCUUAUGUUAACAUCCAGGAUGCUGUGUUCUUCACCCCUCUGCACAUAGCAGCCUACUUCGGCCACGAGCAGGUGUGUAAGCUGCUGCUGAAAUUUGGUGCGGAUGUGAACGUGAGCGGGGAGGUGGGUGACCGUCCGCUUCACCUGGCCGCCGCAAAAGGGUUCCUGGGCAUCAUCCGGCUGCUGAUGGAAGAGGGAGGCAAAACUGAUGUAAAUGCUCAGGAUAACGAGGACCACGUGCCGCUGCAUUUCUGUGCCCGUUUUGGCCACCAGGACAUUGUGCACUUCCUGCUGCAGGGGAACUUCGAUGUCCAGCCACAUUCAGUCAACAUCUACGGAGACACACCUCUCCAUCUGGCUUGCUAUAAUGGAAAGUUUGAGGUGGUGAAGGAACUGCUGCAGCUCACAGGAACUGACAGCCUAUCCAAAGAGAACAUCUUCAGUGAGACAGCUUUUCACAGUGCCUGCACAUAUGGCAAGGACUUGGACAUGGUAAAGUUUCUAAUCAGCCAGAACGCAAUGAGUAUAAAUCAUCAGGGCCGAGAUGGGCACACAGGUUUGCACAGUGCCUGCUUUCAUGGGCACAUCCGCCUGGUUCAGUUCCUGUUGGACAAUGGGGCGGAUAUGAACCUGGUAGCGUGUGACCCCAGCCGCUCAAGUGGGGAGAAAGAGGAGCAGACCUGCCUCAUGUGGGCCUACGAGAAAGGUCAUGAUGCCAUCGUGACCCUGCUGAAACAUUACAAGCGACCCCAGGAAGAUUCACCCUGCAAUGAGUAUUCCCAGCCAGGAGGGGAUGGAUCUUAUGUUUCUGUCCCAUCUCCACUGGGAAAGAUCAAAAGCAUGACCAAAGAAAAGGCGGACAUCCUACUCCUGAGAGCGAGCCUCCCAUCCAACUUCCAGCUUCAGCUCUCAGAGCUGGAGUUUAAUGAGAUUAUCGGCUCAGGUUCUUUUGGGAAGGUCUACAAAGGAAAGUGUCGCAACAAGAUUGUAGCAAUCAAAAGGUAUCGUGCCAACACCUACUGCUCCAAGUCCGACACGGACAUGUUCUGCCGAGAGGUGUCCAUCCUGUGUCGGCUCAACCACCCCUGUGUCAUCCAGUUUGUGGGGGCGUGUCUAGAUGACCCGAGCCAGUUUGCUAUAGUAACACAGUACGUCUCCGGAGGAUCCCUGUUCUCUCUACUACACGAGCAGAAGAGCAGGAUCAUCGACCUGCCGUCCAAACUCAUCAUCGCCAUCGAUGUGGCCAAGGGCAUGGAGUACCUGCACAAUCUCACCCAGCCCAUCAUCCACCGGGACCUCAACAGCCAUAAUAUUCUGCUAUAUGAAGAUGGCCAUGCUGUGGUGGCUGAUUUCGGAGAGUCCCGUUUCCUUCUCUCCAUGGAUGAGGAUAACAUGACAAAACAACCCGGGAACCUGCGAUGGAUGGCACCUGAGGUAUUUACCCAGUGUACCCGCUACACAGUGAAAGCAGACAUGUUCAGCUAUGCCCUCUGCCUGUGGGAACUGCUGACAGGGGAGGUCCCAUUUGCCCACCUCAAGCCAGCUGCUGCAGCUGCUGAUAUGGCCUACCAUCACAUCCGGCCUCCUAUUGGAUACUCCAUCCCCAAACCCCUCUCAGCGCUGCUGAUGCAAGGCUGGAACGCAAGUCCAGAGGAGAGGCCGGAGUUCUCAGAGGUGGUGGCUAAGCUGGAGGAGUGUCUGUGUAAUGUGGAGCUAAUGUCUCCAGCCUCCAGUAACAGCAGUGGGUCCCUGUCCCCCUCUGCGUCAUCAGACUGCCUGCUGAGUCGUGGGAGUCCUGGCCGGAGCCACGUAGCCGCUCUGCGCUCACGGUUUGAGCUGGAGUAUGCUCUUAACUCCCGGGCAUACACAGCCUGGAGCCAGAGUUCUGGCCGGCGGUUCUCUCAGGGUCUGUCUCUGGAUGAGCUGAGGAGGAACAUGCAGUUCCCACCAAUCGACAGAAAUGGAUACGUAUCAGAUCCCAUGAGCACCAUGAGGUUCCACUCCAGCAGCAACGCCAGUUUUGAGGACAGCAGCUAACUACACACACACACACACACACACACACACACACUUGCAAAUCAUAAGUUUGGAUUUUUGAUUUAUCAACUAGAAAAACCUUAUGAUCCUCAAACUUGUCUAUUUGCUUGACUUAUGAUUUAGCGAAUAUCCUGUCAGUUUCCUGUGUUAAUAAAACUGUACUGAAAAAGGCUAGAAAGUGCAUAUUAGUUACCUCUGCUCUACAACAUUAAAUAAAUAUCUCAUUAUAUUCUAAAACAUUUAUUUAUACUUCAUAUCACCAUUAAAACUCAAUGCUAUGCUAGCCAGUAUCAAUAUCAGUGUCCACUGCAGGAGCUACUUAAGACUGUAUUCAAUUUAAAUACAAUACGACACAUCUAAUAAGCAUAUCUAAUAUGCAAAACAUCUAAUAUGAGCUGACUGGAUAUUCUAACACAAAUACAGCUCUGGAAAAAAAAGAGAUAAGCUACAAAUAAUGAGUUUCUUUGAUUUUACCAAAUUGAAAACCUCUGGAAUAUAAUCAAGAGGAAGAUGGAUGAUCACAAGCCAUCAGACCAAGCUGAACUGCUUACAUUUUUGUACCAGGAGUAAAGCAGCAUAAAGUUAUCCAAAAGCAGUGUGUAAAACUGGUGGAGGAGAACAUGACACAAUGCAUGAAAACUGUGAUUAAAAACCAGGGUUAUUCCACCAAAUAUUGAUUUCUGAACUCUUAAAUCUUUAUGAAUAUAAACUUGUUUCUUUUUUUUGCAUUUUUUUUGUCUGAAAGCUCUGCAUCUUUUUUGUUGUUUCAGCCAUUUCUCAUUUUCUGCAAAUAAAUGCUCUAAAUGACAAUAUUUUUAUUUGGAAUUUGGGAGAAAUGUUGUCUGUAGUUUACAGAAUAAGACAGCAAUGUUCAUUUUACUCAAACAUAAAAGUAUAAAUAACAAAAUGAGAGAAACUGAUUCAGAAACUGAAGUGGUCUCUUUAUUUUUUUCCAGAGCUGUACAUGUGUUAGAAGGUUCUUUGCUUUUUAAGAUCUUCUUUUGAGCUUCAUGAUGUUGUCAGACAGGUUCUAUUUAAGUGAUUUCGUCAUUCUACAGGUCUGGCAGUAAUCAGGCCUGGUUGUGGUUAUAAGUGACAUUGAACUUUCCAAAAAAAUGUAGUUAAUCAGUUAAUUCAUGGGAGGUAUUUUAUUUUUUUUAUUAUUGUUUUUAUUUAUUUUUUUUACACAGGGCUAGAUUGGUUUGGUUAGUGAGUAAGAAAUGAGUAAGAAAUGAACUCUUGGAAGUGGGCAUGUCAGAAUAAGUUAGAUAGUCCUCCAAAUAACAGUUUAAUUUAUGGUUAAAGUUUUUUUUUUUUCAUUUUAUGUAGUGUUUUUUGUUCAUAUUCAUGUUUAUCAUGUGUUUUUCAGUGAGCUUCAUCUCUGAGUGGUUUAACCAUUGUACCAAUAAACGUGACAAAAAAACAAAACAACUAAA